GCGUGACUCCCUCAUUUUCCGUCGCACUUCUACACAACAGCUUCACUUCACUCUAUCUCCGGCGACGAUUCACGGCGCUACCUACUUCCGCCACUCAUCGACUCAAGGUUUCUUUUCUUUUUAUGCUUUUGCAGAUUAACUUGACGGAGUUGAAUAGAGUAUUGAUUUUUCAAUUUGCAUCACUCAGUGGCUGGAUUUAUUGAAUCAUAUUGAGUUCUGAUUAUUUGAAUUUGAAACAUCUACUCGAAAAUGCAUAAAAACUUUUGGAUGCCACGGGAUGCUGGCUGCUUAGCUGAAGAGAAUAUGGGUUAUGAUCAUUCUUCCAAAACUGAACCAAAGCGUGACCAUCAGUGGUUUUUGAGUACAGGCGAAACAGAAGUAUUCAGCAACAAGAAGAAGCAAGCAAUUGAAGCUGUUGGUGGAAACCCAAUUUCAGGAGUUUCACAAGCAAAUAUUUCUUCGUGGGACACCAAUUCAGGAUUUCACUCAGUUGCAGGUCAAUUUUCUGACCGUCUCUUUGGGUCUGAACUAAGGGCUGUAAAUAUGGUUGAUAAGAACAUGUCAUCAAUUGGAAGUGGAAAUCAGAAUUUGAGAAGGAAGGAUUUUGAGCAUCAGUAUAGUAAUGAUCCAUCAGUGGGUUUAUCAAUAUCUCAUACUAUCGAGGACCCUUCAUCAUGUAUCAGUUUUGGUGGCAUUAGAAAAGUUAAAGUUAAUCAUGUCAAGGAUUCUGACAAUUGCAUGUCUUCAUCCUUGGGGCACUCCUAUGAUGGGGCUGACAAUAGUACAAUUUCAACAGGGGUUGACUACCGUAAGAAUGAUGGCAACAUAUCUCUGGGCCCUAUUUAUAACGAUGGAACUGAUAACUCCAUCUCUACAGGGACCACAUUAAGCAAGACUGAUGACAAUCUUGUUUCAAUGGGUCACACCUUCAAUAAGGGAGAUGGGAGCUUUAUGUUGAUGGGCCAGAACUAUGGCAAGGGAGAUGAAAAUAUGUUAUCAAUGAGCCAACCCUUUGACAGAGGCGAUGGAAACUUCAUAUCAAUGGGUCAGUCAUAUGAAAAAGAAGAUAGCAAUAUGAUAUCUCUGAGUACCUCCUCAUAUGACAAGGGGCAUGAAAAUUUUAUAUCAAUGGUUCCAGCCUAUAGCAAAUCAGGAGAAAAUUUCAUAAAUGUUGCUGCUUCCUAUGACAAGGGUACCGAUCAUAUGAUCUCGGUAGGUCCAACAUAUGAUAAGGUGGAUUCAAACAUUGCAUCAACAGUUCCUUCAUAUGACAAAGGAGACUCUGGCUCUUUACCUAUGGGCCAACACCACAAUAAGGGCGAGGGAACUACCAUAUCUUUUGGAGGUUUUCAUGAUGAUGCUGAAUCAAAUCCCUCUGCAGGGAUAAUUAGUGGCUACGAUCUGUUGAUGGGCAACCAGACCUUGGAUCCGGGUUUAGAUGGCCAGAAGGUUCUAAUUGACUCAAUUUCUGAACUACCUGUAAAUGGCAAUCCAAAAUCAAACCUCAAAACUGAUAUCAUCCUUAAGAAUAAAGAGCCAAAGAUAACCAAGAAGGCUCCUGCUAACAGUUUCCCUUCAAAUGUUAAAAGUUUGUUGUCAACAGGUAUUUUUGAUGGUGUACCUGUGAAAUAUGUUUCCUGGUCACGAGAGAGAAAUCUUAGAGGAAUCAUAAAGGGAACCGGGUAUCUGUGCUCGUGUGAUGACUGCAAGCAGUCCAAGGCUCUCAAUGCCUAUGAGUUUGAGCGCCAUGCUGGUGCCAAGACGAAACACCCCAACAAUCACAUAUAUUUUGACAACGGAAAAACUAUCUAUGCUGUUGUUCAAGAGCUGAAAAACACUCCUCAGGAGAUGCUGUUUGAUGCAAUUCAAAAUGUGACUGGAUCUACCAUCAACCAAAAGAAUUUUCGUAUCUGGAAAGCAUCAUACCAAGCUGCUACUAGGGAGCUCCAGCGUAUCUAUGGAAAGGAUGAAGUCACCAUACCAUCUUGAGCUCAAACUUUAAGCUUUUUGGAAGUUCAGAAUGAUAAUGAUUUGUAUGUGAUCUUUUCAUUGUGUAUAUAGCACCUGUAUAGUUGUUUAUGACUAUAAGAAAUUGAAAAAUAUGAGGUUAUGCAUACUUGUAGGUUUUUAUUGUUUAUUUAUGAAAUGAAGUUAAUUUUAUGGU